AUGGAGUUCGAGGAUCAAGAGGAGCAUGACGAAGAGAUGGAGAUGGCGGCGAGUUACGACUCGCUCGGAAACUCAGCGGGUGGCGUCCGGGUCAAAAUGUCGAGUUCUGGACCCGAGGGCGUAGCAGCAAUAGCGGCGGCGGCGGCGGCGUCUCAGCAGCAGCAGCAGCAACAGCAACAGCAACAGCAGCAGAGGAAGGGCGCCGCGAGGUACAGAGAGUGCCUGAAGAACCACGCGGUCGGGAUUGGAGGCCACGCGCUCGACGGCUGCGGCGAGUUCAUGCCGGCCGGUGCCGAGGGCACGCUCGACGCGCUAAAAUGUGCCGCCUGCAACUGCCAUCGCAACUUCCACCGCAAGGAGGGCGACCCGGGCGGGCUCGCGCUCAUGACCGCAGACCCGUACGGGCAGCUGGUGCCGCUCCACGGGCAGCACAACCACCCGCAGUUCUCGCCGUACUACCGUACGCCAGCAGGGUACCUCCACGUGGCGCCGCACCACAGGCCGCUGGCGCUGCCGUCGACGUCGGGAGGGGGCGGGACUCAUAGCAGGGGGGAGGAGCAGGAGGAUGACAUGUCGAAUCCUAGCGGAGGCGGCGGCGGUGGAGGGGAUUUGGGAAUGGGAGGGGGUUUACAUGGAACGGCGUCUUCCGGGAAGAAGAGGUUCAGGACGAAGUUUACGGCGGAGCAGAAGGAGAGGAUGUUGAGUUUGGCGGAGACGCUGGGGUGGAGGAUUCAGAAGCAGGACGAGCCGGCGAUUCAGCAGUUCUGCAACGAGACUGGAGUGAAGCGUCACGUCCUCAAGGUUUGGAUGCAUAACAACAAGCACACUCUGGGUAAGAAACCCUAG